UUGCAGAGCACCCUGGCAGGACCAUGACACACACACACUGGGGCCACAGCGGACAACCUUUCACCAAGGGCAAAAAGUAGCUUCCCUGCCCAGGCGCUGAACGCACCAGCAGCUGCAGCAGCGGCCAGGGGCAGAGGAGAAGGGAGGCGAUGGCUGUGCAAGCUGCUAUCCUCAAUCCCCAUCACUUCAUCCCCUUCUGCUUCCCUGCCUCCGGGGGCCUGGCGGACUAUGUUGACCUUGAGAAGAGCUACGAGGACGGGGGAGCCGCUCUCCUGGGAGGAGGAGGAGGAGGAGUGGGGGGAGGAGAAGACCCAGGGGAUUUUAAAGAAGCCACCAGGGACCUGCUGAGCUUCAUAGACUCGGCGUCCAGCAACAUCAAGCUGGCCCUGGACAAGCCGGUCAAGUCCAAGAGGAAAGUGAACCACAGGAAGUACCUGCAGAAGCAGAUCAAGCGCUGCACGGGCAUCAUCGCCUCCGCCCCUGCAGCGCCAGCCCCGGCCGGGGGCCAGGAGCUGCCCAAGCGGCCGGCCCCGCCGGCAGGGGCCGCCUCGCCCCAGCCCUCCUGCCCGCCCGGCCCCGCCGGCCAUUGCAAGAACCCUGCCAAGCGGGAGGCCUCGCAGGCGGCCAGCAGCCUGCAGAGCAAGAGCCUGGCCGCCCUCUUCGACUCCCUGCACCAGGGCCGGGCUGGCGAGAAGGGCCCGGCCGGCGGCGGCAGCGGCGGGGGCGGCCCCCGCAAGGUGCCGCUGCGGAACCGCAACCUGCCCCCUUCGUUCUUCACCGAGCCGGCCGCGCCGCCGCCCCGCGCCCCGCCGCUCAGCGCCAGCCCCAAGGCGCUGGAGCGGGGCGGCGGCAGCCCGGAGGCGGCGGAGUUCUUCGAGCUGCUGGGGCCCGACUACGGCGGCCUGCUCCCGGAGCAGCCCCCCGCGCAGGAGGGUUUUCCGGCCCGCCUGCCCCCGGAGCUAAGCAUGGAGCCCGCCCUGUACGAGCCCCACCUCCCGCCGCUGCCCCCGCACCUGCUCGGGGGGAUGCUCUACCCCGAGCCCGCCUGGAGCCCCCCCGCCAAGAAGAGCCCCCCGGCGGCGGUUUCCUGCAGCAGUUUGAGCCUGCCCGAGACCUUGCGGCCCCUGCCUGCCAUGGGGGCCCCAGGAGCGCCCCUCUACCCGGCCAGCUCGGACCCGGCUCCCGCGGGAGGCGAGGAGAGCCCAGCCCAGCUGGCCGCCGCCUUUGCUCCCUACUUCCCUGACUGCCCCCUUCCUCCUCCUCCUGCCAUGCCUUAUGAGUACAGCGCCGGGUACAACAGGGUGGCCUAUUCGGGCCUCUAG